AUGGAAACAAAUAUACCUAGUGAGAAACCAAAAGCUAAAUUACUGCCAGUCCAUAUAUAUUUUAAAGAAAAUCUUAAAAGAUUUUUAAUAGAAACCUCCUUAAACGGUUUAAAGUACAUAGAAGAUGUACAUCGUAAUAUAUGGGAAAGGGGUUAUUAUUUGAUAUCAUUUUCAAUUGUUUUCACCGCUGGCUUAUAUAUGGCCAUUUAUUUCCUACAAAAAUGGCAAAAUACUCCGGUUAUUAUAAGCAUGAGUCCCAAAGCCACUUCUAUACAAGAUGUACCUUUUCCGGCCGUAACAUUUUGCAAUAUGAAUCAGGCAUUGGCCAGUAGAGUUGAGGAUAUAGUACCAGACACCCCUGCCUAUGCCAUGUUGCAGAAAAUAUGUUUCCAAAAAUACAAUUAUUCACGCUACCAAAAUUUUAAGCCUCGUUUUAAGGGAGAUAAUUUGGUGCAUUUUAUUUUAAAGAACACCCAAAGCUGCAGUAACAUGAUUAUCUAUUGCAAAUUUGGUCCCAAUGAGGAGACCUGUACGGAUCUAUUUCGGGAGAUAUUGUUGGAUGAGGGCAUUUGUUGUGUUUUCAAUCAGCUGCAUCCAUUUUUUUUGUAUAAAGGAGAUUAUGAAUUUAUUCGAGAUUAUACUUCUUCGAAUGGUCGUACUAGUAUUCCGGUAAAUUGGAAUUUGGAAGAAGGUUAUGAGGAUCAUGAUCAUUUGCCUAAAAGUUAUUAUCCCAGGAGAGCAGCAGGUUCCGGAGUUUCGAUGGGACUAACCGUAGUUUUGAAUGCCGAAUUAGAUGAGUACUUUUGUUCUUCAACAAAUGGACCUGGCUUUAAAGUCUUGCUCUACAAUCCUGUCGAUGCACCUCACAUGAAAGAAACCGGUCUGCCCAUAAUGCUGGGCCACCAGACUCGUGUACGCAUUAAUCCCAAACGCAUGGAAUCUCUAUCGUCGUUGCGCAGCACCAACCCCAAAGACAGACAAUGCUACUUUUCCAGCGAGAAAACCCUACUCUAUUUCAAAUACUACACCCGACGUAACUGUGAAAUGGAAUGUGAUUCUAAGCAAAUGUUGCGUCGCUGCAAAUGUGUACCAUAUCAUAUGCCGAAAAUAUAUCCCAAUGCUACCACAUGUUUUCUUAAUGAAAUGGAUUGUGUUUUUGAAACUGAACGCUUAAUAUUGGAUCCGGGGAAUUUAAAGUGUAAAGAGGAUUGUUUGUCGGGCUGUCAUGAUCUGUCAUACUAUCCCGAUAUGUUUGUUACACCGCUGGCUUCUAGGGAUUUCAAUUUACAAGAUCCAUUCUUUCGUAAUAUUUCGAAGGAGGUAAUGCAUAAAAAUUUGGCUCUGGUACAAAUCUAUUAUAGAGAUAAUUUUUUCCGGGGUAAUACCAAGGUGCCAUAUACCGGUUUUACUGAGUUUUUAUCCCAAACUGGUGGUGUUAUGAGUUUAAUGGUGGGUUUCAGUGUUAUUUCUAUAGCUGAAAUGUUCUACUUUAUUUUCUUAAAACCUUUUUUCGAUAUAUUCAAAAGAAGAAAUCCUUUGUUAUUGGAGGCUAAAGAUGAUAAAGAUAAAGAUGUUUCUCCAAAUAAGCUACAUCAUCAAAUGUUGUUUAAACGCCGCAAAAACAUUAAUAAUCGUGUUAUGAAUUGGAAUAGUAAUGAAUUGCAAAAAUAUCGCAAUGAAACAUAUUAA